CAAAAAUACCUCAUGGUGAAAUUCAUCUACAAAGUCAUUUAGAAUUUCCGUAGAUACUAAUUUAAAUCUGGAAGUUAUCGUACCCACAUCACUUAUUCAUCAGAAUAUUUAGAUUGGAUAUUGGUUACAUAUCAAAUUCUUCUAAAAGGGAGCGCUUCUUACGAAAAGUUCUGAAGGCACUAUUUUUAAUCUUCAGAGUAGGGAUUAUAAUUUAAUCCCAAUGUGCACGGAGGAGAAGGAGAUGUGCCCCUUAUGUAUGGAACCGAUGGAGGCAGAUGACAUCUCAUUUUACCCGUGUGAUUGCCGGUACCAGGUAUGCCGGUUUUGCUGGGCUAAGAUAAUUAACGAGGAAAAUGGGCUUUGUCCAGCUUGUCGAAAGGAAUAUAAUUCAGAAAAACCGGCAUCUUACAAACCUAUUUCGGAGACUGAGGAAUCUCGUUGUAGGUCUAGUAGAAGACGCAAGGAUUAUAUAAAGAAGACAAAGCUUAAUCCAGAAAUGCUCAAAAUCCUCCCAGAGUUAAGAGUUGUUCAGCCAAAUCUGAUAUUUGUGGUCGGUUUACCUACAUGGAUCUCAAAGGAUAAGGAAAUACUUAAAGGUCAGAAUUAUUUCGGUCGUUAUGGGAAAAUUUUUAAAGUGGAAGUUAAUCAAAACCAAACUUUCGGUGGACCACAGGGUCAACCUAGUUUUAGUGCUUAUAUAACAUAUUAUCGGGCUGAGGAUGCCAUGCGGUCUAUAAGGGAUCUUAAUCAGAGCACUUUACAUGGAAGACCAAUCCGUGUAUCACUUGGAACUACAAAGUACUGUAGUCAGUUUUUAAGGGGCACGAAAUGCACCAAACAUGAAUGCAUGUACUUGCAUGAACUCGGUGAUUCAGCUGCUAGUUUUACUAAAGAAGAAAUGCAAGCUGGAAAACAUACUGAAUACAUGAACAAGUUGUUGCAAGAUUUCUGUCAGUCUAAAUCAUAUUCACUUGAUUCACAAAAGGAAGAAACAACUAUCUUAGGUUCACUAGAUUCUUCUGUCUCAAGUCCCAAUGAUGCUUCAGUACCUCAUACCAGUGAAUCAAGCAGCUACUCAAAUGGACGUAAUCGCUUCAGAUUUGAAGACACAUCCAUGCUGUCUGUAGAAAACUCGGGCGUGCAAGUUUCAGAUCGAUGCACUACACAGUCUGAUCAAACAAGUGCAUCACUUAAGGAGAUUCGUAAAUUAAGGCAUACUAAUAAAGAUAAUUCAAAUGCUGUCUCAGUUUCCGAUACCUCAUUGGCUGAUAAAUCUAAACUAAAUUAUAAUAAUUCUAACAAACCGAGUAGUUGGAAUCAUUCGUCAUCAAUUUCAUCAUCAGACUAUCCAACUAGAAAGCUCGGGAAAAACUCAUUUGGUACUUUUCAUUUCAAGAAUUCGUCUGAAAAUACAAAUACAGAUAAAUCAUACGUAGAAGGAACUAAAGGUAACCAUGUCCGGCACCAUAAUUCCACCCAGAAUCGGAUUUUGUUGCCUCGCUCUAUCCCAUCUAAUCAAGUAUCUACACGUACUGAGCCUAUUUGUACCAGCAGUAAUGGCUGUCACCGUACAUGGUGUCGUCCAAAUCCAGAGAAUUCUUCAAAUACCCAACCUCUGUUAGGAGAUGAACCCGCAGAUAUUGAUUUUGACCCCUUUCGAGAAUCUCAGCAAGGUUUAGCUGAACUUUUAGCUGCUGAAGUUUCACGUCUUAAUGUAUCUGAACCUCUGUUCAGUCAUCGUGUUUGCUUAACCAAUGGAUCUUCAGUUGGCAUUUCUCACUGUCCAAGUGAACCACAAUCCUCAAGUUUAGACACUAGGCUUCCUCAAGCUAAUUUUAGUCUCAAUUCUGCACAAGCUGAAAAACUGCGUUCCUGGUACUCUAAUAUAGUAUCACAUAACAGAAGCAACCAUGUUGAUCCAAACAAGUCAUUUAACGUGAGUCCAAAUACUUUCUCUAAUCUUUAUCCUCCGCCGGGUUUUGAAGAGGCUGUACAAGGUCACGACCAGUCUUCGGAUGGUCAGUUUUUGACAUCUAAAACAGAUAUAUUAAACUCCAAUUAUCCAGAAUUAUCAUACUCAUGUCCUGAAAGCUUUGGAUAUAGCAACAACGUACGUAGCACAAAUGGAUCGUUGCUACAGUCGUGUGCUUUUCCUUGUAGUCUUCCUUUUACAGGCUCUACAGAAAAAUUGAUGACAACUGAUAAUUGGAUACAGGCUAAAAAGGUAUCCGAUCACAAUGCUAUCUAUUCAGACACUUUAUUUUCGUCCAUUCCUGCUGUGCUACCCGAUAUUAGUAACGCAUUAAAACAAGAUGAUUUACCUCCACACUUAUCUAGUCAGUUCAUGACAAACAUAUUUAAUGCUGUUUUAAAUUCCCAAUCAAGUAUGAAUAAUAAUGAAUCAACUGGAACACAUGACAAAUCCUCAACAAAAUCUUCAGCUUCUAUGUUUGACUUCAGUCAGUUUGUUAACCAUCUUUAUCAUCAAUCCUCUGGGUUCUUAGAUAUAAAUGCCCAUAAUCCUAAUCAGUGGUCCACUAGGGUCAAUAUACCAUUUGCUUGUACACAAAAUGAGGUUUUAGAUGCUUCUAUUUAUUCAAGUUCAUUAGUACCAAUGUCCAACACAUUAACUUUUGGAAAAUAUGGAUCUAAAAUGUGUUCUCUACCUAAUAGCAAUGACUAUCAACAACAUCAGAAGAUGGCCUUUAGCACAUAAGUGUCCUCUGUUUUUUCUUGUUUGGUUUUUCUUUAAAAAAAAUUUUUUUUUGUGUGAUUUGCUUUAAAAUGUUUAUAUUGUAAUUGUUUCAUUUAUACAUAGAGAUAUAGUUUUUUUUAAACAGUGAAUAUCUAUGUUAGUUAUUGGCAAUUUCAAUACUUCGUUGAGUUUACCGAACUGUGUGUGUGUGUGUAUGUUUGUAGUUUGGAUUAUUUUUGGCGAUUAUCCUCUUAUUAAGUCUAGUUUGUUGUGUGAAUUAUAGAGCAUUAAUCUAUCGGUUCAAAUUACUCAUUGGACUUUCUAAACAGGUUUUUGUUUUUCUAUGAGUUACGGGUUAGGCUAAAAGCGUUUGAGAUUAGUAUUUUUAAUUAAUUUGGAACGUUUGAAGUCAACCCCCCUCACAUAAACACACACACACACGCACACACUAAGUAAAGCUUCUGUAUCCAACAACCUAAGUUAAACUCUGGACGUACGCUUUUUGUUCUCAUCUUCAUAAAACGAGUAGAAAUUCUAUUACAUAUGCUGUAAACGCGCGAUUUUAUGAGAGAACUUUCAUGAUCUCAAACCAUAUGGCCAAUUCAAAUGCAGUGGAAAAGGCUCGGGGAGUGGCCCCCUAAGAAAACCACCUGCUUCGAUUUGGGCACCCGGGCAGUAUCACAGCCCUCACACAUAUCGAAUAAGAUUUGUGUGGCACAUAUGUAUUUGGUGCCUCCUUGUACCAAUGUGUUAGAAUAAAUAAAAAAAAGAAAGCCAGGGGAGGCUGGAUACAUGUUUUGCCCUAGUAUGGGAUUGCUCGAGAGUGCUUAUUCUCGACCCCUUCGGGAAUAAGACUCAGGAGCACCAGGUCUCGUAACGAGCGUUUAACAGUCAAACUACUGAAAGCUUACAUUCGAUCUACAGUCGGAUCGUGUAUGAUCAUAGUCAAUGAGUAGUCACGUACUGGAGAGAAACUGCCAGCAAGUUCCCUAUGAUUUUGAAUGGUUGUUUAACUAAGGUCCGUCCACGAUAUUAACUAUAAAGCUCAUCAGCUUCCACAAACCUCUUAUGCUAAUAAUGUUUUUUAGAAUUUAUACUAAACCUUAAUGAAGAUUUCUGUCAUUCAAAUUAUCACUUUACAAAUUUGAAUUCUCAUAUCAAACUUCGACUUUGAUUGUGUUUAAUUCUCAUUCUUCAUGGCUGAUAUGUACAAAAUUCGGUCGAACUUCGUAGAUGGAUGAAUUUUUUUGAUAAUAUUUAGACGCAUUUCCUUAUGAUUUGGUCUAUUUCUAGAUAAAUAAAUAAUCAUUGCUUCCAAUCGUAACUCAUCCACUAAAUAUGCAUUUAUUUGAUCAGCUUUUAAGUUACAUUGUUUUUUUUUGAGUGUCCGUUAUCUUUGAACCAUCAUCCAUCUCAGCACAUCUGAAAAUUGUCCUUUAACUAUUAAAGCAUGAUUGUAAAAUGCACAUUGUUCUAGAAAUAUUACUACGGGUUUUGUCCAACAAAAAGUACAAAAUAUUUUAACAUCUGAAAUCACGAACUGAUCUUAGUUAGACCAACAUUGAAAUCCUGGAAGCACCAUCCCUCACUCUGAAAUUAAACCCAAGACCUUUGGUUCCGCGUAUGAACUCUUAAUUCUAGACCGCUGAGCCGACUGGCAUCCAAAAGUAUUAAUGUUUAACUCCAAUCAGUCUACGAUUUUGCGCAACCCCAUCAUCAUUCUAAAUUAGUGCAACUCAAUAACCUAUUUUGAAUUCAUGUACUCGACUAUAGAUCAUAUAUAUCUUUUCCGUAUGUCAAGGUUACUAGGAUGUUCAAAAUAAAAGUGAUGUGAAGUAUCACCUUGUUAUUUCAUAGUUGGAAUUUUGAAGAAUGGAUUGUAUAGAUUUCACCUAUUCUGAAAUUUGGCUUCAAAAUUACUUAUCAAGUAAAAUGUUGGUCAAUAUCAAGUUACCUAAACAAAUAAAAACUAGAUGUUAGUUAGUGUUUCGUUAUGUAAUAAUCUCAGUUCUACAUAAAGGCGGUAACAGUUAAAAUAGUUCAGUGCAAAUAUCUCUGUAAAACUGGGUAAUGCCUAUUCUAAUCUCAUCAGUUUUCUCAUAACUAUCUGGGUCUUAUUGAUAAGUGUUGCAUAGAAAGUAGUCUAUGUUUAGGAGCUCCCAUCGGUUGUACUGAACCGGUUAAUAUCUUGAUAUACUUAUUAAGUUAUUGAACUUUUUUUCAUGAUCACACUCCUUAUACAUUCGUUGAAGGGACCAAUAAAUUGUUUGCUACUACGACACUCAAUAAACAUGUUAUAUAUAUAUGAAUUGUUACUGCAGUUAUGACUUAAUAGCUUAAACUUAUGUCUCUCAAUAUUUUUUCGUCCAAAUAUGAUUGCCUAUAUCUGUACACAAAAAUGUAUGAUUUAUAGCGGUCUAGUAAUUGUACCUACAUGGGGAUAUUCUCUUACUCUCAUUCAACAUUAGUACUAAUUAUUGUCAGGUAGUUAAAUGACACUUUCGUAUUUAUUUUUGUUAUUUGCUAAAGCAUUUUACUACCCUGUAGUAGUAAAAGACCAACAAGUAUCUUUUUUUAAUAUACGGAUGGCAUUGUUGCAUUUUGUGUUGAAUGAUCGAUCAGUAGCGAAUCCACACAGUGUUUUGGACGGUCAACGGAUGGAUCUUAUUAUUGGUCAUUCUAGAAGUAGGAAAAUUCCUAAUAAUAUUCUAACCUCAGAUUCUUGAAAGAUAAGAUAUGAUUGUGUUAAUUGCUUGUUGUAGUGUCAUGAACAGGCAAAUUUAAUUUGGAACUUUAAAACAAGUCUAGUUAAACAUCACAACAGCAAGAAAAAUUAUAAGUAGGUUUUUGUGUCAUUAUACUUUCUCUUUCAUCCCGUUCUUUAAAUUCAUGUUCAUAGAACACAUUCGUCAUAAACUAGAAUACCGUUGAAAACUAGGAAGCACUAGACAGCUGCUUCGUCCUAGUAUGAUACUCUUCAGCAGUGUGUACACAUGACGUUGUCAGGGGCCCAAUAUAGGACCCUGAAGUUUCUUAGUGUGCACUUUGCUUUAAAAACCACCAGAUCGGUGUUCAAUGCUUUACAUCUCUAACUGAAAUUAGUUUUGAUUUUUUGUCUUUUUUUUGCUAAAGGUAGGUGAUUAAUAGUUGGAUUACAUAUACUAACGCAUUAAUCUCAACUAUAUAUACAGAUGAUUUAUCAUCUGAUUCGUUUAUUAACUACUGACUUUUCACUUCUUAUAUAAUAGAUCUAUUAUGUUAUAAGGCAAUUUCAAAGUGUUGUACAUUUGCACUGAUUAAAGUCGGUGUAAUGUUAGUGAGUUAUGUUAAUGAGUUUCUUGCAGUUUAAUAAUUCUAUUGAUAUAUUCAGUGUUAAUUGCUUAUAGAAUCUUCUCCGGCUUUUCUUUUCAGAAUAAUAAUAAUACUAAUACUAAU